AUGAACAUUGAACGAGCUAGAUUUGCGAGGAUUUGUGUGGAGGUGGACCUAAAGAAGCCGCUAAAAGGGACAAUAAUGAUGAAUUGUGAACGUUAUUUUGUGUCCUACGAAGGGCUGAGUUCGGUUUGCUCGGGCUGUGGGGUAUACGGGCACUUAGUGCAUUCUUGUCCGAGACGCGUCCAGGAGAAUGAUGUAGGUCUGACCGCUAGGAAGGAGGCGGAGUUGGCGCAAAAAAACAUGCCGACGGCGGAUGGGUUUACUGAGGUGAGACGGCGGGCGAGAGGACAGACCUCACCGAAGACAACCCAGACAACAGGCGGAUCAAGCCGAGAUUCCGAGCGUAAUCUCCGGGAGAUUACGAUCCCGAAUAUUAGGAAUGUUGACAUUUCUAAUCGAUUUGCUGAUUUGGAAAGCGCAGAUACAGUUUCGGACGAAAGGGAAGAGAAUAUUAGUUUGGCCGAUAAUAAGGAAAACGUGAUUGUUUCUUUCCAAGCACGGAAAGAGAAAGGUGUGCAAGCAAUUAAGGAGAGUCUUCCCGGGCGUGCUGCUUCAGGAAUUAAAGGGCCACAUGAUGGACCCAAAGAACGACCGGCCCACCAGAAAAAGCCAUUGGGCACUAUGGAAAGAACAAAGUACGCAAAGCAAGGAAGGCCCGUUAGAGGAUUAGUUUUCGGCCCAACAGCGAUAGAGAGGCCUUCGUUAACGUCGGGAAAGCGUCUUCGGGUGGAGACAACGGGUGUGGGCAGACCGGGUGGAGUGUUCAUGCGUGAUGGAGGUGAACAAGUAACGGUUUUGCCUAUUAUGAGCUCGGAGAGGGAGUUAACAGAUAUGAGCCGAGGUAAGCCUGGAGACCUGAUGGAGUCGUACGAUGAAAUGAGGCGGGGUGAUUUGUCUUUGAAGAAGACAAGCGAGUGUGAAGCAUAA